GACCCUAGUGAGGAGAAAGAAGCGGCUCAGAAAAUGGAUGGAUAUUAGUAUUGAGUUAAAUGAACACGAGUUACAGUUACAGCUAGUACUUUAUUGCGACCUCUCCAAGCUGCCACUGAAAUCAUGACAUCACUAGCACGAGUCCGUGACGUCAGAGCCCCGCCUCCACCGGAGGAGUACUCCGACCUCCGGGACUCUUGAAGCUGUGGACGCCGGCGGAGCCCCCCCUCACACGCCGGCGGAGUUGUCCGAGAACACGCCGCCGAGCCUGCGCUCCGUACAGCCGAACGUCCUCCUCCGGAGGAGACGAAGACGACAUGGAGCGCAUGAAGCUGUCCGAGUACCAGGCGAAAGUUUUGGAGGAGAAUUUUAAGGCGAACCGGAAUCCCGACGAGACGACGCUGAUGCUGGUUGCCGCCGAGUCCGGACUCUCUGAGGCGGAGACGCGGAAUUGGUUCGAGCUGCGUAGGGCCCAGUGGCGCCAGGCCGAGGGUCUUCCGGCUAAACUGGGCUCUGUGUUGGAUUGAGACCCAUCCACACCCGCCCCCCCCAACUCCUUUUUGGACCUUUUUCCUGGAACUUCCUCUUCUUCCUGCCUCCUAGCUCUUUUUAUUUUAUGUAUGAAGAUAUUUGAAUUUAGGCAAAAUGAAGGUGUUUGUGUGCUGUUGAAUAUAUAACUGCUGUGUUUACAUGAAAUGACAGAUUAUUGUUAAUAAAUUAAGAAUUAAAAUGG